AGACGCUGAGAGAGGCGGUCGCAAGCACGUGCUCCGGAGGAGACACUGAGACGACACUUGUGCACGGUUCUAGGACCUUGGAUUUCAGGGCGGUUCCUUACGCGGUGCGAGAUCGCUAAUGCAGCAGACAAAAACAUGUAACUAGCAGAGAACGAGGGUUUUCCAUCUCAGAUCCUAAGAUGUCAUCAUUACAGAGCCAGAUGCCUUCAAACAAGGUGGUUUGGACCCAAGAAAAAGGAAAUGUGAACAGUGAAUAGAGCGGCACCGCAGCAGGUUCGCAGGGAAGGAGGCGCCGUCCGACGCGCUGAGAGCGCUGGUGAAAGGGAACAAGGACGGCCUGGUGGAAGCCAGGCCCCACAUCGCCCCGAUGGAGUGGGAGGGGCUGUGCAGGGCUGUAACACCCCGAGGGCUGGGCAGACUGGCUGCGGACUGGGCCAUCCGCACAGCCGGAACGUUCGGGCCCAGCAGAGGGGCACUCACACAUUUUUUCCUUUUUCUGUUUGGAGAUGGAGUCUCGCUCUGUCACCCAGGCUGGAGUGCAGUGACGUGAUCUCAGCUCACCGCAACCUCCCCCUCCUGGGUUCAAGCGAUUGUCCUGCCUCAGCCUCCCGAGUAGCUGGGAAUACAGGGAUUCACGGACAGCUAAUUUUUGUAUUUUUAGUAAAGACAGGGGUUCACCAUGUUGGCCAGGCUGGUCUCUAACUCCUGACCUCCAGUGAUCCACCCCCACCCUUGGCCUCCCGAAGUGCUGGGAUUACAGGCGUGAGCCACUGCACCCGGCCUCACACAUUUUCACGAUUUCACGCUCAGAAUCUAUUCCGAAGGAAUAAUCACACAGGUGAUGCCACCUUCAUUAUAGCAGGCCCAAGUGGAAAACAGCUUGAACGUCCACGAACAGGUGGAGUGACCAGUUAUCACUCCCAACUUCACAAAGUGUCAUGUUAUCCUAUUGAUUUGAAAAUCGCUUUUUUUUUUUUUUUCCUUCUUUGAGUCGGAGUCUUGCUCUAUCCCCCAGGCUGGAGUGCGGUGGUGCGAUCUUGGCUCACUACAACCUCUGGCUCCUGGGUUCAAGCGAUUUUCCUGUCUCAGCCUCCUGAGUAGCUGAGACUAUAGGCGUGUACCUGGCUAAUUUUUGUAUUUGUCAUAGAGACGGGGGUUUCACUACAUUGGCCAGGCUGGUCUUGAACUCCUGACCUCAGGCGAUCCAUGUGCCUCAGCCUCCCAAAGUGCUGGGAUUACAGGCUUGAGCCACUGUGCCCAGCCGAGGUUGAAAAUCUUAUCUUCAAGUGCUGAUCACAUCAGAAAUACAAUAUAACCACAUGUGAGGAAAGGGCACUGACCGCACGCAGGCAUGCUCAUUUUGACAACAGGAGCUCAGGAGGCUCCAGGCACCUCUUCCCUUGAGUGGGCAUCAUGGUGCGGAACGUGGAUGACCUGGAUUUCCACCUGCCCUCACAUGCCCAGAACAUGCUGGAGGGCCUGCAGCGGCUGCGCUCUCAGCCUAAGUUGGCAGAUGUGACACUGCUGGUAGGUGGCCGAGAACUGCCAUGCCACCGUGGCCUCCUGGCCCUCAGCAGCCCCUACUUCCACGCCAUGUUUGCGGGUGACUUCGCCGAGAGCUUCUCUGCACGCGUGGAGCUGCGGGAUGUGGAGCCAGCUGUGGUGGGGCAACUGGUGGACUUCGUGUACACGGGCCGGCUGACCAUCACGCAGGGCAACGUGGAGGCGCUGACACGCACAGCUGCGCGCCUGCACUUCCCCUCCGUGCAGAAGGUCUGUGGCCGCUACCUGCAGCAGCAGCUGGAUGCUGCCAACUGCCUGGGCAUCUGUGAGUUUGGGGAGCAGCAAGGGCUGCUGGGCGUGGCUGCCAAGGCCUGGGCCUUCCUGCGAGAGAACUUUGAAGCUGUGGCACAUGAGGAUGAGUUCCUUCAGCUUCCCCGAGACCGGCUGGCCACUUGUCUGGCCAGCGACCUGCUACAGGUGCAGCCAGAAAGAAGCCGGCUUGAAGCCCUGCUGCGCUGGGUGCGCCAUGACCCGCAGGCCCGGGCUACCCACCUGCCCGCGCUGCUCAGCCUGGUGCGCCUGGACGCUGUGCCCAGGCCCUGCGUGCAGCAACUCCUGGCCACAGAGCCCCUGAUCCAGGAAUCAGAGGCAUGCCGGGCAGCCCUGUCCCAGGGCCAUGACGGGGCGCCACCCACCCUCCAGCAGAAGCUGGAGGAGGUCCUGGUGGUGGUGGGCGGGCGGGCGCUGGAGGAGGAUGAGGCAGGCGAGGAGCUCACCCCCCGCCUUGGGAACUUUGCCUUCUACAACAGCAAGGCCAAGAGGUGGAUGGCACUUCCAGACUUCCCCGACUACCACAAGUGGGGUUUCUCCUUGGCAGCCCUGAACAACGCCAUCUAUGUCACAGGUGGCUCUCGGGGCACCAAGACAGACACCUGGUCAACCACUCAGGCCUGGUGCUUCCCACUGAAGGAGGCUGCCUGGAAGCCCGUGGCGCCCAUGCUGAAGGCCCGCACCAACCAUGCCAGCGCGGCACUCAAUGGGGAGAUCUACGUCAUCGGCGGCACCACCCUGGACGUGGUGGAGGUGGAGAGCUACGACCCCUACACGGACAGCUGGACGCCCGUCAGCCCGGCCCUCAAAUAUGUCAGCAACUUCUCGGCCGCCGGCUGCCGGGGCCGGCUCUACCUGGUGGGCUCCAGCGCCUGCAAGUACAACGCCCUGGCCCUGCAGUGCUACAGCCCUGUCACAGAUGCGUGGAGUGUGAUCGCCUCGCCCUUCUUGCCCAAGUACCUGUCCUCGCCACGCUGUGCUGCGCUGCAUGGGGCGCUCUACCUCAUUGGGGACAAUACCAAGAAGGUCUACGUGUAUGACCCCGGGGCCAACCUGUGGCAGAAGGUGCAGUCCCAGCACAGCCUCCAUGAGAAUGGCGCGCUGGUGCCACUGGGUGACGCGCUGUACGUGACAGGUGGCCGCUGGCAGGGCAUGGAAGGCGACUACCACGUGGAGAUGGAGGCCUACGACACGGUUCAGGACACCUGGACCCGCCACGGCGCCCUGCCCCGGCUCUGGCUCUACCACGGGGCCUCCGCUGUCUUCCUGGACGUGUCCAAGUGGACGCAGCCCUUCAGGCCCGCCCAGGAGCACUAAGCCAGGGUGGGCUCCCCGGGGAGGGGCUCCCACAGCAGCCCCUCAUCGCCCUGUGGAACGGUCCCCUUUCAUUUUCACUUAUUUGUCCUCUUGCAGAUACCGUUCUUUCCAGGGCUUGGGCUGGGCUCAGGCCAUCAGGGGUGAUGAGACAGCAUGGCUCAGAUGACACAGCCUUGGUCUCUGCGGCCACCACACUCCAUGCUGAGCAGUGACAAGGGCCUGAGUGCUAGAUGCCAGCAUAGCAGGGACAGGAAGCUCUCUGCUUCCCCCGGGGUUGCUGAGACCUCCAAGAGAGGAACAGGGGCCGGCCAGCGUUCGCAGAGCUUGCGCUCUCAGCUUCUGCCCCUGGGCCCCAGCAGGGGCUUUGGGAGCAGUUACAUGAAUGUAGGGUGAACACAGAGUGUCCAGGUAGCUGAGGCUGCGGGGGAGGGCAGGCCCCGGAGAUGGGGUCAGCACCAGGUCCUCGUGGGCCUGCUUCUGCCUGGCUCACAGCAGCAUGACUGUGCUGGCCACCUUCCCUCUCUAGGCUUCAAGCUCUGUGUCCAUCACACACGGGGCUGGCUGUGUGGGCUUUGGGUCCCCACACAGCCUCUGCAUGUUGGUGCUGUGGACAAAGGAGGCCCUCGCCCAACUCUUGCACCCAGUGGGCAGCGCCCACAGAGGCCCCUGGAAGAAGGGAGGAGGGUGUGGGGACGGCCUGAGGGCCCCAGGGAGGUGAGCAGGAGAGAGUGCUCUUGGAAGGGAUGGCCUCCGUCUCUGUGUCAGAACAAAGGCUUUUCAUCAGAAUGAAAUUUUCCACCAGGAGACGACUCUUGGGUGUGUUGGUGGCAGCCUCCUAGGGUGGGGGUGGCAUCUGAUGGGGCCCCUGCCGACACGCAGCCCGACUCCGGCUAGCUCCCAGUGCUUCUCCCCCAUCCUGAAUGAGGCACCCACCUUUGUAGCUAAGGAGACAAUGAAGGACUGUCCCUGGGUGCCCAGUGGCAUGUCCUCACUGCCACAGGCCCCACCCUGGCACAAGGGGCUAGAAGUCAGGGGUCAGGCCCAGCCAGGCACAGGCUCUGGCAUUGCCCUGAGAAGGCCUCGGGCAGCUCCCAUCUCCCGCCAGAUCUAGGUUUCCUCUCCAGGGCCAGCCCAUGGGUUCCUCCUUGAACCACACCCCUCCCCUGGGGACCAGAGGGGCCUCUGACAUCCUUGGGUUCUGAGAAUGUGAACUCCUGGGUCUCUGGAGCUUUCGUAGGUAGGGAUCCACUUUGCUCUCUGACCUGACCUCUCAUACCCCUCUUUUUUUUUUUUAAGAUGGAUUCUCACUCUUGUCACCCAGGUUGCAGUGCAGUGGUGAGAUCGCAGCUCACUGCAAGCUCUGCCUCCCUGGUUCACGCAAUUCUCCUGCCUCAGCCUCUCAAGUAGCUGGGAUUACAGGCACCUGCCACCACACCUGGCUCAUUUUGUAUAUUUUUUUCCAAAUAGGUCUCAAAAAUGGAGGUCUCCCACUUUAUUGGUAUCAGAAUUACUUGGCGAGUUUGUUAGAAGGGUAGAUCCCCAGAACUCCCCCCUCCAAAGUCCUGAGCAGCUGGAGGUACACAGUCUUGUUGAAGGGGAGGAGAAGGGAUGGAUUCUACCUGAGGCAGAAAGAUGAGAGGGAAAGGAACAAAGAAAAAGAGCUGAAAAAAGGUCUAUGAACACAUGGGAGAAAUGAGCAACAGCACAGAACCACCGUAAAAUAGCAAACACGGCUCAUGCAGCUGAGGGGAGCAGCUUGUGGCGUACGACCUUGCUGAGAAAGCAGCACAUGGGCAUGAGGCUUCAUAAAUCCUGGUUCUCCCUGGAGUCUCUGCUUCUAGAACACCACGUUAGCCACACAAAAUUCUCAAAAAAAAAAUUCCAGAAUAUCAGGCUGGGCAAAUGGGUCAAGAUAUAAGAAAGAAUGAUGGCAAGGCAGGCCAGGUGUGGUCCUGCAAUGCCCUAUGGAUGCAGCACCUCGGGGGUCUCCAGGUCAGACAGAUGGGUCCUGAUACCCCCAAACUAAGUGGGAGCCCCCGGGCAGAAUUCUUCCCAGUGCAGUGACCCAGCCUGCAGAGAACGCCUUCCACACAGUCAGUGUUGGCUCUGGGACUUUGCAGUCUCCUCCUGGGUACGCAACUGGAGGGCUUCUUGCAUGGGCAGAUCCAGAGGCUUGCCUGCUGACACCUCCUCACUCACCCUUCCUGGGUCAUCGCCCUGAUACACGAUAACUGAUGUGACCUCUCCACUGUCUGCCUCGUACUCUAAGCAGAAGAGCUGAUGGCCAGAAGGCUCCAGCUUGGAGCCUCCACUACUGCUGCUUUCACUGGAUUCUUCAGUCUGGGUUGCGUGGGUGGGCAGAGACAGCUCGGUGUCACAGCAGGUCUGGCUUGCAGGGCCGCAUCGGCGCGGGCGUGUGCCGCCUCCUCACCUUCUCGGCCGCCUGCUUCACCUUCUUGUCAUCGUUGUCCCGGGCAAUCUGGUUCUGUCAGAUAUGGUGCACGAAGCCGUGGUUCAUGUCCAGCUGCCCGCCAGGCUUGCAGCAGUGCCCGGGCCAGGGAUGCGGCCCCGUCUCCAUCCAGAACGGGGGGGGCGCAGAGUCGCCGCUGCCCCGAUGGCCCCAACAACCACCACCUGUUCACAGAGGUCCACGUCACCCCUCCUCAUUUUGUAUUUUUAGUAGAGAUGGGAUUUCACCAUGUUGGCCAGGCGGGUCUCGAACUCCUGACCUUGUGAUCUGCCCACCUUGGCCUCCCAAAGUGCUGGGAUUACAGGGAGUGGGCUGGGUACAGUGAGAAGUGAGUUGAUCCCGCACCCAGGGAGAAUCUUUGGGAGAAGUGAGUUGACCCUGGAGGGCCAUACAGGGUGGGGCCUCUGGGUGCUUCCAAAGUAACAAGAGCCGGGAGCUGAGACCUUCGGUGGCAGGUGGGUUGGAGGAAGCAAGGGUGAGCGUUUCUGGGGCUCUGGGCUCUGUUUCCAUAUGGAAAUCCGAAAUGUUUUCUGGACAGUGAUGGAAGGAGGUCAGCUGAAGGGCUGUUUAAAACGAAAGACUCCAUGUAAACCAUUUCUGCAAAAAUAUUUUAAAUAAAAAUAAAACUGAAGACAUGAAAUGUCAAAAUAGGCUGACUGAUCACAAAGUAGCCAGAAGGGCCGCAGGCCAGAGCAAGGCCCGCUGUCCACCCUGCACACCCUGCGGGAAUACCGGCGGCUGCGGUGGAGGGCGCCAGCCUCUCCAGGGCCUGGCUCCCAGCUUUGAGGUGCCAAGGUGCACCUCGCCCAAUCAGCUGGGCUCCUGAUUCAGGGGGCCACUGCACCCUGCAGGGCCCCAGGAGGGAAGAGGCGCCUGGUGGGCAUUCAGGUGAGUGGCUGAGGAGAGUUUCCUGAGGGCUCUCCCCAUGCUGUGGGCAGGGUGAAGGGAACACAGUGGCUGGAGAGGCGUCCCAGGACAGUGGCAGUGGGGAGCGCCACCCCUUCUAUCUUGGUGGAAGGGAAAGGCCAGACAGAGACUCCAGGGAGCUGCUGAGAGAGGGCCUUGGCAGGAGGACACAGCCACCACCCCUGUGGCCGGGCUGGGAGGUGGCAGAGGCCAGUCCCCGCCCUUUCCCUCUGGCCUGUCCGGUCUCCCACCAGUGCCUCCUACAGGCCAAAUGCAACCAAGAUCCAGAGGGAAGAGAGGCCACUGACAGGCUGUAGUGGCCACUCGGGGACAGAGAACAGGUGGAGAAGGUGGCCAGGGCACCAGGACGGUGGCCAGAAGGUCCAGCACUCGUCACCCACUUGAGAGCUUUGCAUGGAGAGACACUGAUGCACUCAUUCACCAAGGGACAUCACUGGGCAGCCAAGGCAUCCCCUCCCAUCAUCAAAAUCCCAGGCAAGCAAGGACUCGUGAGAAGGCGUGAGGCCAAUACGGGCUUCUAGAAAGCGGAGUGCGUCGUCUUGGAACAGGCAAAGCCCAUGGGGGUGUGCGAGUGAAACCCACCUCUCCCGCCCCACGUGCUCAUGUCGUCCAGGUAGGUGCGUGUUGUUUUUCCCACAGGGGAUGCUGGGUAAACUGAGGCUCCUUAGCCUUCAGUGAGCACGCAGGGCCCUCAGCCAGGCCCAGCACUGCCAGCUCUAACUCAGCUCCCCUGGGUCCCCAGCUGAGCCAGGGCCUAUGCACGCUUCCAGUCACUUCCAGUGGACCUGAGUUUUCCAACACCUCCCAGACAGGCCUUUUUAUUACUGGCAUCUUCCCCGUUCAGGCAGGGACAGUGGUUGCUGGGAUCAGGCCAUGGACACCUUCAUGUGACUGAUUAAAUGGAUUGGUCACCUGACAGUUUUCUGUAGUCAGUGUAGACCAUGACAUAGUUUGGAGAUGUGUCCCCUCCGAAUCUCCCCGGUGCUGGAGGUGGGCCUGGUGGGAGGCGUCUCAAUCAUGGGGGCAGACCCCUCAUGCAUAGUGUGGUGCAGUAAUGGAGGUGCGCUCACAGAGGGCUGAUGGUUAAAGAGCCUGGCACCUCCGCCGCUCUCCCCUACUCCCUCACCGUGUGACACCUGCUCCCCUUCCCCUCCCGCCAAGAGGGGAAACUUCCUGAGGCCUCAGCAGAAGCAGAUGCUGGUGCCAUGCUUUCUGUACACCCUGCAGAGCUGUGAGCCAAAUAAAUCUCUUUUCUUUAUAAAUUA